ACACCCAUCAAUUCCCCAAUAUGUCAGGUAGUGUAUUGUUUGUUGAACCAUACUAUGGUGGAUCACACAAGCAAAUGAUGGAUCUCUUAUCAAGGGAGAUUGGGGGCGUGGUUUAUUCACUACCUGACACAAAAUGGCAUUGGAACAUUAGAACGUCUUCUCUUCAUUUCUCACAAAUUAUCCCACGGGACCAAAUCGGAUUAAAGAUAUUGUUCACUAGCAGUGUCCUUAAUUUAUGUGAGCUGGUUGGGUUACGUCCCGACCUCCUGGGCCUACAUAAGAUACUGUACUUUCAUGAGAACCAGCUGGUGUAUCCAGUGAGGAAACAGCAGGACAGAGACUAUCAAUAUGGCUACAAUCAAAUACUCUCCUGUCUUGUUGCUGAUAAAAUUGUGUUUAAUUCUCAUUUCAACAUGAGAUCUUUCCUCAGUAAAAUAAACUCCUUUCUCAAGAUCUCUCCCUCUCUCUCCUCAUUACCAAAUGACCUUACUGAUCUCAUUCAACCAAAAUGUACAGUUCUCUAUUACCCAAUUGAAGUACCUGAUCAAUAUGUGUACACUGGAUCACAUGAUGAGAGGUCACAUGAUGAGAGGUCACAUGAUGAGAGGUCACAUGAUCAAGUACCUUUGGAAAGAGGGCCCCUUCACAUUGUAUGGCCACACAGAUGGGAACACGACAAAGGGCCUGAGGAGUUUUCAGAAUUAAUAAAGAAGCUGCUUGAAGCAAGACUGGAGUUCCAUCUCUCGAUACUUGGUACCCAUACUCAGGAUAUCCCCGUUUGUUUGUCUGAGCUGUUUAAACUGUUGGGAUCUGAUGUGCUCCUUCAUCACGGCCCAGUUGAUAAAGAGGAGUACUGGUCCAUACUGAAAGGAGCUGAUGUUGUCAUUUCAACUGCUAAACAUGAAUUCUAUGGAGUAGCAAUGAUUGAAGCAACAAUUUGUGGAUGCUAUCCUUUAUGUCCAAAUGAUCUUGUAUAUCCAGAGAUAUUUCCAGAGGAUUGUCUCUACAAUACUCCUCAGCAGUUGUUUAAGAAAGUAAAGAAUAUGUGUCAGAGACCAUACCUUGCUAAACAUUAUAGACACAAAAUGUCUUUCAAUUCCAGUCUAUAUCAAUGGAAAUACCUUAAACCACUGUAUAGUUCAUUAUUUAGUUAAUGACCAUAAUUCCAUGAAUUGAACUGAAA